AACAGCACUUGAACUUGAUUGAUGGGAUCUGUGAUCUAUAUUAUUAUUAUUAUUGUCUCUCCAAAAAAAGUGACCAUCUUUAUUCAUUCAUCUCUGUCUCCAAUCUGUAAAGAAACUCUUCAAGUUUUUCCUGCUGUCUGUCUACUGGAGCAAUGAGAUCGGAGCGUCUAAAGAACUCCAAGAUGCAGUCCUCUUCAUCAUGGCCAAAAGUGGUGGUUAAAAAAUGGCUUAACAUAAAGCCUUGUGCAGAAAAGUUUCAGUCUGAUCAUGGGCCAAGAUCCAUGUCCAUGGGUGAGAAAGGUGAAAGAAGGAAAAGUUGUUCCGACAAGGACUGCUACGUCGUCGUUCCUGAAGAACUUUCAGAAAAAUGGUUGAUGAGAUCAAACGAUGCAACAAUUGGACGGCCCAGAUUUGAAACUGAUAUAGAUACCCUCAACCUCAAGAUGUUCGUAGGGACAUGGAAUGUAGGCGGGAAUUCUCCAUACGAAGGUCUUAAUUUGGAGGAUUGGCUCAAACCAGCUGACAUUUACGUACUUGGGUUUCAGGAAAUCGUACCUCUAAAUGCCGGAAACGUGCUUGGAGCUGAGGACAACGGUCCUGCUGCCAAGUGGCUCGAUUUGAUUCGCCAGGCUUUGAACUCAAAUACAACAACUGCCCCCACAUCUCCUUAUAAUUACAACAAUGACACUACUUCUCCUUCUGAAUAUCUUUGGGCCUCUGAAUUGGGCCGAAGCCCAUGUAAAUUCAGCCCACGGUAUUGUUUGGCUGCAAGUAAACAAAUGGUGGGUAUUUUUCUCUGUGUUUGGAUUCGUGCUGACUUGGUUAGCCAUGUCAGCAAUUUGAGAGUGUCAUGUGUUGGCACAGGAAUCAUGGGAUAUCUUGGAAACAAGGGAUCUAUUUCGAUUAGCAUGACGUUGCAACAAACGACAUUAUGCUUUGUUUGCACUCAUUUGGCUUCGGGUGAAAAAGAAGGAGAUGAAAUUCGAAGAAAUUCAGAUGUCAUGGAGAUUUUAAAGAGAACAACUUUCUCUAACUCGCGUCGACGAGUUACAAAUCCUCCUCCCAAUAGCAUCUUGGCUCACGAUAUGGUUAUAUGGCUUGGAGAUCUUAAUUAUCGUUUACAAUUUGGGGAAUGUGGAAAUACACGGGAAUUGGUGAACAAAAACGAUUGGCAAGCACUUCUAAAGAAGGAUCAGUUGCGGUUAGAACAAAGACAAGGUGGGGUUUUUGACGGGUGGAAAGAAGGAACGAUUCAAUUUGCUCCGACUUAUAAGUAUAUCGCAAAUUCAGACAAUUACGUCACUCAAACUUUCACAUCCAAAGAGAAGCGUCGAAAUCCAGCUUGGUGUGACAGAAUACUUUGGAGAGGAGGAGAAGGGCUAAAGCAAAUGUUUUAUAUGAGGGGAGAAUCGAAAUUCUCGGACCACAGACCUGUUUGUUCACUAUUCUCCAUCCAAUUAAUAAUGAAUUCUAACAACAAACCGAUGCUCACAAAUACACUCAGUCCAAACGAGGCCGAUAAGCUAAUUCUUGUCGAAAGAGCGCAAAGUUGCAUAAAGACGACGCCAAGGUUCUCAUCAUCAAUUGCAGUUAUCCAACAAUAACGUAUUGAUAACUCAAAGGCCUAACGAUAUAUACAUGUAUGGACUAUGAAGGAAAGAAGUCGAGUUUUAGAAGGAUCAAAAGUCAAAUGGUUUAAUUUAAUCUCGGAAAUGUCGAUUUUUGCAAGUUUUUCUCAUGGAAAUGAAAUAUAUGUUUGGUUUGUGAAUUAGUUUUAAUUAAAAUCAAACAUAAAUUCAUAUCACUUUAUUUA